AUGGCAGCUAAUCAAUCGGUAGCUCUAAAGCACUGGGCGCGCAUCAUCAAGCAAUGGCCGCUCGACCGUGUUCGCCCGUCUCAUGUCCAUUUCCAACGGGUCAUGCAGUCCCGUCUACAAAAGCUCCAGUCAGGUGCGCCGGCUGCAGUUUCAUCCAUGUCCAACGAUACCCUUGUGACGCCUGUCGAGCCGUUCAAUGAGCAAAAGGAAUUGCGACAAGUAAACGCUCUAUACUCGCUGCUUGAAAAUCGAUACGCGAAUGAGUACCCUAUACCGCAGGCAGUCCGUCAUCCCAAGACCAAUGCUUCCCACUACGAUGAUUUGGUCAGAGAGCUGGAUGAAGCACCGGGAAGAUCAUGGUUCACGUCCUUUUGGAACCGUCUCAAAGGGUCUGUGCGCCUGAGAUAA